AAAUUACGAGGUCAAUUUGCCAUGUGACUUGUUUGUGUUUUGGUCGGAGGUGAACGAGAGUACAACAUUCUACAGACAGACAGAAGUGAAGGAGAGAAGGCUUGGACGUACUUUUAAACACUUUUCGUUAAUUAACCUUAAUAUGUCAAAAUCUGGGUCUCCUCAACAACAUGUUAAAGGACAGAGCAUUCCCAGACGCGUAGUACUAAAUGAUUUAUCACAGCUUCCAAAUGAUUACAGUACGACACCAGGCGGUUCGCUAUUUUCUACAACUCCAGGAGGAACAAAGAUUUUUUACGAGAGGAAUUUCUUGAUGCAGUGUAGGAACUCCCCACUAACUAGAAGUCCUCCACCAAAUAUGGCAAAGAUUCCAGGGGUAACUUGUCCUGGGGAGGUAGAUGUUCCUAAAGAAAAUGGCACAGAAAAUAUCCCAGCUCAGAAAAAAGACAAAGCACAUGAAGACCAGCCUCAGUUUGAGAUGGACAUUUAAAUCACUACCCAUGAUGCCUUUCACUGACAUAUCUUCUAUAGAUAUUUUCCUUAUUUAGCAACAUCAUACAUGUAAUAUUGACGAUUUCUGAGCUUAUUUUCUUAUUUUUCUGUGAUCUAUUUGAUAUUAGGAUAGUUGUAAAUGAGUGACACUGUUACAUGUACAUGUCACAGCAGUUGACACGUCCAUAUGAGGAAGUUGAGUCAUGGCAGACGACACAUCCUUAUUAGGCAUUGUUAUUAGGCUGAUGAGAAGUGGUAACAGAAUGUUCUCACACAAUGUAUGUCUCAAAAGAAUGAUACUGAAAUCUGUUAAGUGCUAAAAAAUACUUGUUUCGAAUUGAAAUCAUCAUGUGUUCAGAUUAAAGUGCUACUGUUAGGUUCUACUAAUGUAUUCACAAGGAAUGAUAUUUCAGCAAUAAUAUGAAUUUGGUAAAAGUUUCACAUAUUAAUAACUCUUUUGUUUUUUAUAAUGUCUCUGAAGUUUUGUAGUUUUGAUAAUCAGUUUGUUUUCUAAAUAAUCUGUCUACAAUACUUCAGUUCUGCAAGGAAUCGGGUAACAUCUUGAAGGUGUGAUUUCAGAGAUAUGUAGUCAUGUUUUAUGAUAUCUAUUGUUUUAAUAAAGUUUGUAAACAU